CUGGUCUGGGCGCGAUUGCUUUUCUCGACACCUCGGCGAGGCGGGUGGCCAGCCGAUCGCUGCAUCUCCGUGUCUUCACCUCCACACAAAGAACGCAUGCCUAUCGAUUGCAGCCAUGGCGGAUGUCGCGUAUCGAUCGAAGGCGGCCUGACGCCAGGCUGAAGCAAGAUGAGACGGCGUCCGACGCGCUACCGAACAGGCAUCACCGUAGAACAAACUGCGCGACGACAAGAGCGCCUGGCCCUCGUUUCCGCAGCCCUCCGUGCGGUUGCAACUCUUGUCACGCAGAGCAUCCGUGGUGGCUGUGGCAACUGCACAAAGUGGUGACGACAGUAGGUUGGCUCCAUUCGUUGUGUCCAUUCCGACAAUCUCGCACUGCGUGAUUCGGUGCUGCAGCCUUUCACACUCGUGCGUCACAUCUGGAAUGAU